GCUUCGGGGAGAGGUCAGUGUAAGCGACUUGCAGGAAAGACAAUCCCAGAGCUGAAGACAACCUGCAUUUGGGAUUUAAAAGCACCUGAAGUUCCCCCCCAAAAAGCCGACUUCCUUACCUCCAUCAUGUUCCUCUUGCUCUGCCUUGUGGGGCUUCUGGCCCCGGGGGACGCUCAGGACCGCGCCGCUCUGUGGAGAGGGAACGACCGCAGCGGGCGAUGCCAGUACACCUUCACGGUGGCCAGCCCCACUGAGGCCAGCUGCCCGCAGACUGGAAGCCCCGAGGUGGAGGGCCUGAAGGCCAGACUCUCCCUGCUGGAGACCCUGGUGUCCAGGCUCCCCGGCGGCACCCCGCAGGAUGGAGGCCGGAGCCAGUCCCACCUUCAGGAGACGCUGAACCGCGCGAUGGGAGAGAGGAACCUGCUGCAGGGGGAGAAGGAACGUCUCGAGAGGGAACUGGGGGGUCUUCAGCGACGCCUGGAGGACACGCAGAGGGAGAUGGAGAGGCUGAGGAACAAACCCUGCCCACCCCAGACCCCCAUGGUCCCACCAAGGCCUGGAGGUUCGAGCCCCAUGUCUCACUUGCUGGCGCAUCCAAACAGGCAGGGAGACAGCAGCAGUUUGAGAGACUCAACGUGGCAGCAGGGACACGCUGGCUUCCAGGAGCUCAAAGCCGAGGUGACCGAGGUCCCUGCUCCCGAGGCCUACACAGGUUGUGGCGUGCUGGUGUCAGUGGCCGAGCCUGUCACUCACAGGAAAGCCGAAAGUAUCGCAGGAAAAUAUGGCGUCUGGAUGCAAGACCCCGAGGCGGUGACGCCGUACGGGCAAGAAAUGGUGUGGCGCAUCGACACCAUCGGCUCUGACGUCAAGCAGAUGUUUGGGUACGAGGACAUGGAGCAGCUCUCUCGGGGCUUCCCCUCCAAGGUUCUGCUGCUGCCGGAACCAAUGGAGAGUACGGGCGCUGCCCUGUACCGAGGCUCCCUGUACUACCAGAGACGCCGCAGUCGCACCCUCAUCCGCUUCGACCUAGGGUCCGAGAGUGUGGCAGCCCGCCGGGACCUCCCGCAUGCCGGCUUCCACGGCCAGUUCCCUUACUCCUGGGGGGGCUACACCGACAUCGACCUCUCCGUGGACGAACAGGGCCUUUGGGCCAUCUACUCCACCAGCAAGGCCAAGGGCGCCAUCGUGCUGUCGCAGCUGGACCCCCACAGCCUGGAGGUGAAGAAGAGCUGGGAGACCAACAUCAGGAAGAACUCGGUGGCCAACGCCUUCAUUAUCUGCGGGCGACUGUACACAGUGGCCAGCUACAUAGCGCCCAACACCACCGUCAAUUACAUGUACGACACCGAGACGAGCCAAGGCACGGCGUUGGCCAUCCCCUUCAGGAAUAAGUACCGCUACAACAGCAUGAUCGACUACAACCCGGCCCAGAAGAAGCUGUACGCUUGGGACAACUUCCACAUAAUCUCCUACGGCCUGCGGAUGGGGCGUCCCGUGGCCGCCUGAGGCCCGUCCCCCGCCGACCCUCCCCCAGAGAAGUGACUUUGGCUCGCCUGGUGUUGCUUCAAAGACUCAGAGCUUUAUUUCGGGUGCGUGGUGGCUGAAGGCCAACAGUAUCCAUGCGUAAGAGCAGCAACCAUAAGGGGGCGAUGUAGACCCUCUAACUUGCUGAAGAGGAAUUAUUUUUGUACCGCCUUUGAGAUCGAUGUUUGUUUUCGUUGUUUAUUUGUGAAGAUAUAUGCCAUGUCCCCAUAACCACGGGUAUCUCUUUUAAUGCAUUUUGCACACAAACAGUAAUGAAGUUCUUCCCAAAAAUAUAUUUCUUUAUCUUGUCCCCAGUGUGUUCUUGAAUUGUUGCAAACUUGUGUUUUUAAGUGUGAUAUUACUAUCAGACCAAAUGGUUCUCAUUUCCCGCCUUUUCCGGAAAUAACUUUCUUCCGGCUUCCUAUUGGUUAAAAUGGCCCCACCAACUGUUGCUUUGGCACGCACAACAAACAUAUUAAUAAUACCCGUGUACUUGUGGACAUAGCCGCUGAAUGUGCACUCUGCCAUGCCAAUUUAAACGGCCCAUUUGUGAGUAUAUAAAUAUACAAAGUACAAUGUUGUGAACUAGUUGACGCAUAAUCACAUAUCAGAAUUCAUAAAACACUCCACACCAGGUUGUUAUGCUCUCUUCCUGCUGACACCAUCAUAUUGCAUGUAUUUGAACACUGCAUUCAACUAAUGUACACUGUUUUUCAAAUAAAAUCAUGUUUAA